GCCCCGUAGUAGAAAAGCCGAGAGCCCACCCGACCGUUGGACUUCCUCCCAUCCGCAGCGACGCGCGCGGUGGUUGCCGGAGACGAGGUCGGGCGGGCGGAGCGGCGGAGCGCUACCGGCGACGAGGUGUUCGAGAAAAUGUCUACAGGACAAGUUCACCGCGGGCGGGAGGGAGCGGCCGUGGAGAGCCACGGGGAGGACUUGCUGAGCGUCCUACCGGAUGAGAUUCUGCUACACAUCCGGUCUAUGCUUCCGGCUGAAGCUGUCGCGCGCACGCGGUUUCUGUCUCGCCGCUGGGCGAAGCUUCCGCUGCACUCCACGCCCCCCGCCUCCUCCCUCCUUCAACAAGCCUGGCGCGGUGGCGCGGGGCCAGGGGCGGCGGCGUCCUGGACCUCGAGGAAGGAUGGCGCGACGUGCUCGCCGGCGUCGCCAAGCUCAAGAGUAUCCAUACUGAUUCAGAUUUCGGGGGCUUCUCGCCCGACGAAUACAUGCACAUAUACACGUUGGUGUAUUACAUGUGCACGCAGAAGGGGCACAAAGACUACCCGAAAGAGCUGUACCACCUAUGCAAGCAGGCAUUGGAUGAUCACCUGGAUUCCAUCGUGUUACCCUCCUUGAAUGAGAAGCAUGGCAAUUUUCUUCUUGCAGAGAUGCUGCAAAGUUGGGAGAAACACAAGCUAAUGGUAAGGUGGCUGAGGAGGUUCUUUGAUUAUCUUGAUCGUGUUUCCAUCACUUGGAAGUCUCUUCACUCGCUCGAACAUAUGGGCUGGAUAGGAUUCCGGGAUAUGGUUUUCAAUAAACUGAAAAGUACUCUGACCACUACUGUGAUUGGCAUGAUAAAUGAUGAAAGAAAUGGUUUGCUCAUAGACCGUGCACUCCUGAAGAAUGUUAUUCAUAUGUGUAAUGAAUUCGGGGAUAGUGAACUGAAUUCCUACCCUGAAUACAUUCUCAAGGCCGAGGAAUGCUUACAAAAAGAGAAAGAACAGGUUUACUCACAUUCUACUACAGAACCGAAGGAUACCAGUGAUAAGGGUAUGGCUCUGGUGAAACAUGGAACAGAUACUGCCAAGAGUAGAAAGGAUAAGAAGAAUGAAGUAAUGGUGGGAUUCCCAAUAAAUCUAAUCAGUGGUUCACGAGUUGUUGAUGAGAUUUUAGGACGGGUUCCUGUCAAAGCUCCAUUUACUGAUAGCACGUUUGAGUUUGGCAAUUCCAGCUGUAAUCCUCCUGACUCAUUUGGAUAUAUACCAACCACCUCGAAAUCAUUUGCAGAACGUCUUAUGGCUCCUGAAAACGAGGAUCUUGUAGUGAUGCUAUCACUGGACCUAGCUGAAGAGCUAGAGACAAUUGAUGAGGUCUACCAGCAAAUCUCAAGAAAAGGAGAGCGAGGUUCCAGCAAGUUGUGGAAGUUCAUCGACCAUGGAGUUAAGAAAUGCACGCAGAUCAGGCGGAGUAUUACUUUGCUAGGAGGAUCUCCACAAGAGAUACCAAAUUACUUGAUCAGAUAGCACAAUCUAUCUGAAGUUCCUUACUUUCCUGUGCACAUGUGCAGUAAACCAAAGUUAGAUUAAAAACUCUAUCUGAAGAUUGCAACAGUGAUUUGGUCUAUCUUGUUUGUGCCAUAAUUUGGUCAAUAUUUGGUUUCAUUUGAGCUGUCCAAAUUAUGUUGAAGUAGCUUGGAAAAUUAAUUCAACUUGUGUGCAGGGAUUUGUGAUUUA